AUGAGCAUGAGUGCCCGCAGCAGCAAGGACGGCGUGCUUCCAGGCCAGCUUGAGGCGCACACUGCCUCAACGGAUCUGGAGCUGCGCGGCAGCCUGAGCGUGUACAGCGAGCCUAUCCACCAGCGCAAGACCGGCAUCAUCUGCACCAUCGGCCCCGUGUCCCGAUCUGUGGAGAAGCUGCGGCAGCUGAUGGAGGCAGGCCUUUGCAUUGUUCGCCUCAACUUCUCCCACGGCGACCACGCGUACCAUGCGGAGACCAUCGCCAACGCGCGCGAGGCUGCAAAGCAGAUGGGAAAGCCCAUCGCCAUUGCUCUGGACACCAAAGGCCCGGAGAUCCGCACAGGCCUUUUGGAGGGCUCCGACAAGGACCCGCGCCUGGAGCUUGAUCUCGUCGCCGGCGAGCACAUCACCGUCACCACCGAUCCCGCUUUCAAGGCAUCGUGUUGCACCAAGGAUACGCUGUACCUGGACUACAAGAACAUCACGAAAGUGAUGCAGCCUGGGAACCAGAUCUACGUUGAUGACGGCCUCAUCUCCCUGCGCGCUGAUGCCAUUGAGGACAAGAACAUCAAGUGCACCAUCCUCAACAGCGGCAAGCUUGGCUCGAGGAAGGGCUGCAACCUCCCCAACGUGAACGUCGAUCUUCCUGCCGUCUCGGAGAAGGACCACGGUGACCUGCUGUUUGGAGUUGAGCAGAACGUGGACAUUGUGUUUGCCUCGUUCAUCCGCAGUCGGGCGGACAUUCGCGAGCUGCGCAAGGUGCUCGGCGACAAGGGCAAGCACGUGCUCAUCAUCGCAAAGAUCGAGAACCACCAAGGCAUCCAGAACUUUGACGAGAUUCUGUCGGAGGCGGACGGGAUCAUGGUGGCGCGCGGCGAUCUGGGCAUUGAGAUUCCCGCCGAAAAGGUCUUCCUCGCCCAGAAGAUGAUGAUCGCAAAGUGCAACAUGGCGGGCAAGCCUGUUAUCUGUGCGACGCAGAUGCUCGAGUCGAUGGUGCACGCGCCGCGCCCGACGCGCGCGGAAGGAAGCGAUGUUGCCAACGCCGUGCUUGAUGGCGCCGAUUGCGUCAUGCUCUCCGGCGAAACAGCAAAGGGCGACUACCCCGUCGAGGCUGUGAAGAUGAUGGCAUCCAUCUGCACGGAGGCCGAGAGUGCCGUCCAUCUCAAGAAGUACCGCGAGGAGCUGCGCCUGAUCACGCCCCGGCCCACCAAGACGACGGAGACGUGUUCUGUUGCCGCUGUCGACGCCUCUGUUGCCUGCAAUGCAGCCGGCAUCAUCUGCCUCACCAUCUCGGGCCGCACUGCGCGCCUGCUGUCCAAGUGGAAGCCAAAGUGCCCCAUCAUUGGUGUGACGCGCACGACGCACGUCUCCCGCCAGAUGCACCUCUACCACGGCGUCCACCCGCUCUACUACCGCAAGCAGAAAGUGGAGAGCUGGUCGCAGGAUGUCGACAACCGCUUCUUCUGGGCAAUGGAGCGCGGCAAGAAGCUUGGCAUCCUCAAGAGCGGCGACACCAUCAUCGGCGUUCACGGUUGGCAGACGGGGCCCGGCCACACCAACACCGUCCGCAUUCUGCUCGUGCAGUGA